UACCUACACAGUCACUCUGGCGUACGCGAGAAUUCCAAAAGUGAAGGGAGCGAUAAUAUAUUUCAUGACAGGUGCAAACUGCAUAGUAUUAUGUGCAUGGCUCAUGAGAGUUCCUCCCUGAAUGUUAUGUGCUCACUGGAGCUAAAAGAGCAAAGCAUGGUCUAGUGAAGGAAAGCCCUUCCGUCUUGAUGAAUGGCUCAGAGGUGUGGGACGGUGGAGGUGCAGCACUGCAGGUGCACAGUGAGGAGCAGACAACCAGCCUGGAGCAGUGGCACAGUGUGGGUGGUGUUCCUCAGGAGCAGGCGGAGGAAGAGGAGAAGGGGCGAGACAUCCAAGAGGAAGACCGGGAGAGAGUGACCACAACUCAGGAGUCACAGAGUGAGGAGGUGGGGGAUGGGCAGAAGAAGGAAGAAACCGUCAUGGGUGAACAGAAAUGCGGUAGUGAUGAGGAGAUCCUGAGAGAGACGAAAGGGAAGGAAAUGCAGGAGGUGGGGAGUCCUGUGGCUGAAGGGAACAGGAAAAGGGAGCGGACAGAAGAGGAAGAGGAAGAGGGAGGGGCAAAACAGUCAGAGGAGUUCAGGAUGGUGCAGGCCCAGGUGUCUGAGGAGGACCUGCAGCAAAAGGGAGGGCCAUCAGAGCCAGGACCGAAGCAGGGCGCUCCUGCAGGAUCAGGAGGGUCGGACCAAGGGGCAGGGUCUGCUGAGGCUGACCUCGGUGAGCAGCAGCAGGGGAUAUCCAGCUCAGUGCUGGACCUGGGUGCCCUCCUUUCUGAGACCAAUGUGCAGCCCUGGGAAAACUUUGCCCAGCCCCUGUACACUGGCUGGCAUUUCCCCACAGGCUCUGGGCUGGGUGAGGUGGUCCACUGCCCAUCUUGGCAGUUUUCUGGCAUGAGCUACUACCCUCAGCAAGAGAUGACAACCUUUGAAGUGGUGUGGAGGGUGUGGGAGAACCUGUCUGAGCCCCACACUGAGUCGGAACCUGACCAGGGAGCUGGAUUGGGUCCCCAGGAGCCGUUCAAAUUCACGGUCAUGUCCUACAACAUUCUUGCUCAGGACCUGCUGGAGGCCAACCGAGAGCUAUACCAACACUGCGCCCCAGAGGUGCUGGCCUGGGAAUUCCGCUUCCAGAACAUCCUGAGAGAGUUUGUGAAAUGGGAUCCUGAUAUUCUGUGCCUUCAGGAAGUCCAGGAGAACCACUACAAUGAGCAGCUCCACCCUGCCCUCUCUGACCUGGGUUACGUCUGUGUUUACAAGAGGCGCACUGGCACCAAGACGGACGGGUGUGCCAUCUGUUUCCGGCGAGCGCGAUUCUCCCAGCUGUCGCUCAGGGUAGUGGAGUACUGCAGGCCCCAGAUGGAGAUGUUGGACAGGGACAACGUGGGCUUGGUGCUGCUUCUUCAGCCCAUCAGUCUCCAGGGUUCAGAGGUCACUAUGCUGGGUUCGCCCCUCUGUGUGGCCAACACGCACCUCCUGUUCAACCCCAGAAGGGGCGAUGUGAAGCUGGCCCAGCUCGCCAUUCUUUUGGCGGAGAUCGACCUGAUUGUGAAGAGCCUGCCGCUUAAGGGGGCCGGCUGCCCGGUCGUUCUCUGUGGAGAUUUUAACUCCGUUCCCAACAUGCCCCUCUACAACUUCAUCACGACCAGUCAGCUGUACUACCACGGGAUGCCAGCCUGGAUGAUAUCGGGUCAGGAGGACUUGUGCUAUAAAAUGCAUCCUCGGAGGUUGUUCGCCCCCUUGUGGCCAAGCACCCUUGGGAUCACGGACACCUGCCAGUAUGUGUCCGACCAUAGAAUUGACAGACAGGAGUCAGGGAAAAUCCUUUAUGAUCACAAGUUCCUCCUUGGACUGCGUUUCUGUGAGGCUGCUCUGAUUCGCCCUGAGCACCUGGAGCUGAUUCCAGGUGUGACGGAUGUCACUCCAGACAAACCGGAGGAACAGCCACACAUCAGAAGGUUUAGAAACACUAUUCGCCAUGGCUUGAACCUGAGGUCAGCCUACAGCCACUUUAACAGUGACACAAACAGGCUGGAAGUCACCACCCUGCAUGCAGACUUUGGGACAACGGUGGACUACAUCUUCUACUCCACCAGGCCUGGAGGAACUGGUCACCUGCAGCAUGGGGGCCUCAAGUUGCUUGGCCGUCUUGCACUCCUGUCACAGGAAGAUCUCUGGCCAAUGAACGGACUGCCCAAUGAGAUCUUCUCAUCAGACCAUCUGUGUCUCUUGGCUAAGUUUCAGCUGGACCCUGACCAUGUGUGAUGGCCACCUGGGUCUGUGGCCAUUUGGAGGAAGAUGAGUUAACACUGUUCCCAUUCAAGUUUUUAUGUCCAGUUCCAGUUCAGAUGGUUAAAUUUUAGGCCUCAAGUGUUUAAAAGUGAACAUUUGGUGCUUACAUAUGGAAAAGAGCAUUUACAAUUAUGCAAGAUGUGUUAGACUUACCUGGCAGUUCUUUUUUUCUGAAUGAGCCUGCUUGGUUUUACCAGAGGCAGAGUUUACUUUUUAAGAUUUUCUGUAUGUAUGUGACAGAAACUGAGCCAAGGCUGACUUGCCCUGUAAUAUUUACACUUUUCCUUACCUGCAUUCAUGUCUUAGAUGUUAAGGCAAACUGCCAGGAAGGAUCUUGAAAUUUCAAACAAACUUCGAAUUAUUUCUUACUUGAAGUACAUUGCUAUCGUGCCCCAAAGUUGCUUUUCUUUGGAUAGUUGUUUGAAUGGGAGAAAUCUUAUGUUAACAGCAUAACUGAAAUAUGAAAUGCCAACAUCCACCUCGUGGUGUUUCUUUUUUUUUAUUGAGAUCUCUUCUCCCUCAUGUUGAGUUUUGAUUACUCAAACUCAUUUUUUCAAGUGGUAGAAAGUGUACAAAAUAAAUAUUUUGUAUAAAACUUGAAUAUAAGGAAUAUUUUUAUUCUAGAGUAUCUAUGCUGAAAGCAUGUUAGCUUGCUUGUGAAAGCUCAGUGUGCCAUUUUUUCUUUGGGGGGGGGGGGUUCAAUAGCAACACACUUGUUUGAAAAUAAAAGAAAGUUUGAGUACUGGA